CGCGCGCUCCGCCCGGACUCGGCCCACGGCCCACGGCCCCCACCUCCUGUCUGCGGCCCGGCGGGGGGAAGGUAGAGAAGGGGAGGGGACAAGCCGGAUCCUCCCGGCCGCCCCGGCCUUCCCUCUUCACCCGGUGCGGAGACGCCGCGCCGAGCCCCGAGAGCAGGCUCGGCGCUUCCACCCCAGUGCAGCCUUCCCCUGGCGGUGGUGAAAGAGACUCGGGAGUCGCUGCUUCCAAAGUGCCCGCCGUGAGUGAGCUCUCGUCCCAGUCAGCCAAAUGCUCCUCCUCAGGCUUCUCCUGCUGACAUCUGCCCUGGCCGGCCAGAGACAGGGGACUCAGGCGGAAUCCAACCUGAGUAGUAAAUUCCAGUUCUCCAGCAACAAGGAACAGAACGGAGUACAAGAUCCUCAGCAUGAGAGAAUUAUUACUGUGUCCACUAAUGGAAGUAUUCACAGCCCAAGGUUUCCUCAUACUUACCCAAGAAAUACGGUCUUGGUAUGGAGAUUAGUAGCAGUAGAGGAAAAUGUAUGGAUACAACUUACGUUUGAUGAAAGAUUUGGGCUUGAAGACCCAGAAGAUGACAUAUGCAAGUAUGAUUUUGUAGAAGUUGAGGAACCCAGUGAUGGAACUAUAUUAGGGCGCUGGUGUGGUUCUGGUACUGUACCAGGAAAACAGAUUUCUAAAGGAAAUCAAAUUAGGAUAAGAUUUGUAUCUGAUGAAUAUUUUCCUUCUGAACCAGGGUUCUGCAUCCACUACAACAUUGUCAUGCCACAAUUCACAGAAGCUGUGAGUCCUUCAGUGUUACCCCCUUCAGCUUUGCCACUGGACCUGCUUAAUAAUGCUAUAACCGCCUUUAGUACCUUGGAAGACCUUAUUCGAUAUCUUGAACCAGAUAGAUGGCAGUUGGACUUAGAAGAUCUAUAUAGGCCAACUUGGCAACUUCUUGGCAAGGCUUUUGUUUUUGGAAGAAAAUCCAGAGUGGUGGAUCUGAACCUUCUAACAGAGGAGGUAAGAUUAUACAGCUGCACACCUCGUAACUUCUCAGUAUCCAUAAGGGAAGAACUAAAGAGAACCGAUACCAUUUUCUGGCCAGGUUGUCUCCUGGUUAAACGCUGUGGUGGGAACUGUGCCUGUUGUCUCCACAAUUGCAAUGAAUGUCAAUGUGUCCCAAGCAAAGUUACUAAAAAAUACCACGAGGUCCUUCAGUUGAGACCAAAGACUGGUGUCAGAGGAUUGCAUAAAUCACUCACUGAUGUGGCCCUAGAGCACCAUGAGGAGUGUGACUGUGUGUGCAGAGGGAGCACAGGAGGAUAACCGCAUCACCAGCAGCAGCUCUUGCCCAGAGCUGUGCAGUGCAGUGGCUGAUUCUGUUAGAGAACUUAUGCGUUAUCUCCAUCCUUAAUCUCAGUUGUUUGCUUCAAGGACCUUUCAUCUUCAGGAUUUACAGUGCCUUCUGAAAGAGGAGACAUCAAACAGAAUUAGGAGUUGUGCAACAGCUCUUUUGGGAAGAGGCCCAAAGGACAGGAGAAAAGGUCUUCAAUUGUGGAAAGAAAAUUAAAUGCUGUAUUAAAUGCAUCACCAGCUAGUUGCAGAGUUACCAUGUACCUAUUCCACUAGCUGGGUUCUGUAUUUCAGUUGUUUUGAUAUGGCUUAGGGUAAUGUCAAUACAGGAAAAAACUGUGCAAGUGAACACCUGAUUCUGUUGCCUUGCUUAACUCUAAAGCUCCAUGUCCUGGGCCUCGAAUCAUAUAAAAUCUGGAUUUUUUUUUUUUUUUGCUCAUAUUCAUAUAUGUAAACCAGAACAUUCUAUGUACUACAAACCUGGUUUUUAAAAAGGAACUAUGUUGCUAUGAAUUAAACUUGUGUCAUGCUGAUAGGACAGACUGGAUUUUUCAUACUUCUUAUUAAAAUUUCUGCCAUUUAGAAGAAGAGAACUACAUUCAUGGUUUGGAAGAGACAAACCUGAAAAGAAGAGUGGCCUUAUCUUCACUUUAUCUAUAAGUCAGUUUAUUUGUUUCAUUGUGUACAUUUUUAUAUUCUCCUUUUGACAUUAUAACUGUUGGCUUUUCUAAUCUUGUUAAAUAUAUCUAUUUUUACCAAAGGUAUUUAAUAUUCUUUUUUAUGACAACUUAGAUCAACUAUUUUUAGCUUGGUAAAUUUUUCUAAACAGAAUUGUUAUAGCCAGAGGAACAAAGAUGAUAUAAAAUAUUGUUGCUCUGACAAAAAUACAUGUAUUUCAUUCUCGUAUGGUGCUAGAGUUAGAUUAAUCUGCAUUUUAAAAAACUGAAUUGGAAAUCAAUAGAAUUGGUAAGUUGCAAAGACUUUUUGAAAUAAUUAAAUUAUCAUAUCUUCCAUUCCUGUUAUUGGAGAUGAAAAUAAAAAAACAACUUGUGAAAGUAGACGUUCACAUCCAGCCAUUACUAAUCGAUUCCUUUUUUGGGGAAAUCUGAGCCUAGCUCAGAAAAACAUAAAGCACCUUGAAAAAGACUUGGCAGCUUCCUGACAAUGCAUGCUGUGCUGUGCUGGGCAGUAGGAACACAUCCUAUUUAUUGUGAUGUUACGGUUUUAUUAUCUUAAACUCUGUUCCAUACACAUGUAUAAAUACAUGGAUAUUUUUAUGUACAGAAGUAUAUCCCUUAACCAGUUCACUUAUUGUACUCUGGCAAUUGAAAAGAAAAUCAGUAAAAUAUUUUGCUUGUAAAAUGCUUAAUAUUGUGCCUAGGUUAUGUGGUGACUAUUUGAAUUAAAAAUGUAUUGAAUCAUCAAAUAAAAGAAUGUGGCUAUUUUGGGGAGAAAAUUA